AAGUGAACUCAAAUGCGCUCGUAACCUUGACUUGAUGUAAACAAAAAUGGCCGCGAUUGUCGGAGUUUUAAAAAGUGGAGUUUCAGCUAAGCAAGCAUUACAGUUAUCAAGAUGUUUUACUUAUUCUGCAUCUCGUUUCAACUAUAAAAUAAUUUCUGAUCCUGAGCCUGCAAUGGAUGCAAAAAGCUUACUAGAUCGCUCUGCACACCAUUUGUUUUUAUCAGAAAUUAUUAGAGGAAUGGGCCUCACAUUAGCUCAUAUUUUCAAGGAACCUGCUACAAUUAACUACCCUUUUGAAAAGGGUCCUUUAAGUCCCAGGUUUAGAGGAGAGCAUGCACUUCGACGGUAUCCAUCUGGAGAAGAGAGAUGUAUCGCUUGCAAGUUAUGUGAAGCUAUUUGCCCAGCACAGGCUAUAACUAUUGAAGCGGAGGAACGUGAAGAUGGUAGCCGCAGAACUACUAGAUAUGAUAUUGAUAUGACAAAAUGCAUUUACUGUGGUUUUUGUCAAGAAGCUUGUCCUGUUGAUGCUAUUGUAGAAGGUCCUAAUUUUGAAUAUUCUACAGAAACACACGAAGAACUUUUAUAUAAUAAGGAAAAGUUAUUAAAUAAUGGGGACAAGUGGGAACCUGAAAUUGCUGCAAAUAUUGAAGCUGAUUAUUUGUAUCGGUAAAAGUGAAUUCAGUUUUAAACUUCUUGUUUAAAUUAAAUAUGAAAUAGGAAACAUUAUGCUUAAAUUAUUAAAGGAUGAAUUGCUUGUAAAUAAAAAAAUAUUAGAAUCCUA